AUGUCCGGCCAGGUCUCUCUCGUGCUCUCGCUCCGACGCAGACGGCGGGAGGUAAAGGUCAAAGCCACUCUGCCCACAGCUCAUCAGCGCAGACGCUCGGAGAGGCCGCCGCACUCACUUACAGCUGAUUGGACGGAGAGCUGGAGUGUUACGGCAGACGGAGGAGGCCAUUUGUGCAGAGAGAAAAAAAGCAGCAGAUUGGGCCUGAAAGUGGUCGGACGAUACGGUGGUGUUUGGAGGACGUGA